AUGGCGGCAGACUUCCAGUUCAUCGCGAUCCAAUCCAACGGUCAUGUGAACGAUAAGGCAAUGCGGCGUCAAGCGCGCUCCCACGCUAUCAGGAAAGCGCUGGAAAGGAGACGCAAAGAACAGCAGCGUUCCAGGACCAAUUUCAUCGUAACCACCUUUCAAGACCCCAGUCUUCGGUUCAAGCUAGAUCAAGCGGUUGAGGCACCCAAGUCAUUCACGAGAACUAGUCCCAGCCCGCCAGCCCCAACUUACUCUGCCCUCUGCGGUGCGCUCGAUCCGUUCCAGACUCUUGCGGUGAACUCGGCACGGCUGCAGGCAUUACUGGGUGAUUACAGAGCCAGACAGGCCCCCGAGCCGGUCUUCAGCGUGGCCGAGGAACUUGCCUUCCAGAGCUUUCGCUUGGUCUUUCGCACUGGCUUUCAGGAUCCCGCUCUGAUAAAUUCCGUGAUGCUGGCUCUCGCGUUUGCCGCCGCUGGUGGUAGUCUUGAUCGUGAAUGUCUGCAGUAUCAAGGCCAAGCGAUCACAUAUCUCCGUGAGCGGAUGAACUCGGAGGAUGAGGCCGCGUCGGAAGCGACUAUUGGAGCUAUAUUAUUGAUUGCGGGUGUCGUGGCUCGUCUUGGACUCGCAUCUCAGGUGGAGCUUCAUAUGGGAGCGGUGCAGCAACUGUUGCAAAUAUGUCACAGGAAGAACGUCCAUCUCACUCCUGGCAUCGAGCGAGCCGUGUUCUGGCAAGAUCUGAACUCGUCCCUCCUCGCAGGGUCCAGACGCAUCGUCAGCCAUACCACCUUCUCUACUCUCCUCUGGACACGGGAUGACUGCCCGCCAGGCUUCUACCGUCUCCCACCCGGAUUUCAAUGCCGGUCACAUAUGCUUGACCACGAGUUCAGCGUGGUGCUGGAAGACCUCCAUGCCCUGCAGUGCAUCCGGAAUAUCCCUCGACCGCGGCAGACCGAUGCGACCCGCAUGCUUCAUAUCAACAACCAUACCGCGUCGAUCCAGUCCCGACUCAUGGCCUUGUCGGGGCUAUCUCGGUCGCAGGAAUGUUGUCGUCUCGCGGCGUGCUUAUGCUCCAUGACGCUGUGUUGUAAGAUUUGGAGUGAACUGGUACUUCCCUCGCACAUCUCAUCUCUGCUCCUCUGCAAACUUCGAGAAGUGCGUGACGACGUCGAUGCCACAAUAUGGCACGUUCCCAAUUCCGAUCUGCUCGUGUGGCUGCUCUACAUCGGUGGUGCAUUUGCUCCGAGAGGACCAAUUCGAUCUGGUUAUGUGGAACUGUUAGUCUCUUAUGCUAACGGUUCGUGGUCGGAAGUACAUGACUGUAUGAGACAGUUUAUCUGGUCCGAUGGGGCAUUCCUCGUCCCGGUCAGGGCGCUGUGGCGGGAGGUCAAGCAAUCUUACUUACGGUGA